AUGAACGCACAAGUGCGCUCUUCCCUUCCCUACCAAGUCCUCGUCCAUAUCAAUAAGCCGUAUGCCGUCUGCUUCUGGGUCGUCCUAGCCGCGUUCUACGUUUAUAAAGGAUAUGUCUUGCCGUACCCAAAUCACGUCCGGGUACUCGAAUUUCUGAUCCUCCUCUUCUUCAUCCCGAUCGAGGCGGUGCGGUUGAGCUGGGCUGCGCGUGGCAAUCUAACGGAAACCCCGGCGUUUGUAUCGCUUUCCCUCGGCCUGAGCAUCCCGAGUUUGUUGAUCUGUAUUUACUUGGGCAUUUUUCAGAACUACAUCCUGCUCAUUGAGGAAGUCUUUAUCUGCAUCGAGGGUGCACUAAUAAUCCUUGAAGUGCUUUUCGGCAUCAUUCUUGUCGCUACACUUUCCAGGACUGCAGCAAUGGCU